UACAUUUUUUUCACACAAGCCGAUGUCAUGGUUCGGGCACGUGGGACACCAAUGAAUGUUUCUAAAUAAUCACGAAAAAAAACCAAUCUAAAAAAAAUGAGAAAAAUUUUGAAGAGAAUCGGGAGUACUGAUAGGAUGAUUGCACCGCGAGUACCUGCAAUCAGGACCUCAAAAUAUUAGACGGUGGUGGUGCAAGGCGUCUGUGCGACGUCGCGGUUGCAUUUAUGUAUGAAGGACGAUUUCCGAAUUUUCCAAAUUUUAUCAGUCUUGUGUUAAGUUUUGUGCUUGAAAGUUUUGGGGAUUUUGUGUCCCUUUUUGUGUCGAAACACUGUGAGGAAAAUCAAUAUGAACAAGUGGAAUUCAAAAUAUAUCAUGACAGCUAAUUAGCGUCCAAGUGAUAAUUCUCACGGGAACAUGAAUGGGAAACUAAUUGAGAAUUUUCAUGGAUGUUAUGAAUUGGGGACUAAAAAUGGAAAUGAAAGAAGUGCAUUUCGAUCGAAGGCUUGGAUUCAAGGAUUGCCAAGGGUGGGGCUCCAUCCUCGGAAAAUCUGGUACAAUGAUAAAUUUAAUUGAGACGAGUGGUUCAUGUGAAAAGUGAACAAAAAUAUGCCCGGGAUCGUAGUUUUCCGACGUCGAUGGUCUGUCGGAAGCGAUGAUCUGAUCGUGCCCGGAGGCUUUCUAUUUAUUCUACAUCUUGUUUGGGUGAUCGUGGUAGGGGCAAUACUGGGAUUUUUUGAGUGGAAUCGCAGCCUUUAUUGUAUUCUGCUGCUCUGGGAAUAUUUUAUCGGAUACUUGGUGAUUUUCAUAUCAUGUAUGGCCGUCGAGUUUUCCAUCUGCUUUCUGGCCACAAGAGGAAGUAUUCUGGAUACCACAGCAAGAGCGCCCAUGCAAUAUCUUCUUUAUAUACGACUAUUUUUAUUGUUAGUGGAGACUGGAUGGCUGAGUGCAGGUGUGACUUGGUUAACACUUUUCUAUCAAUCUUGCCCUGCAGCUAAGGCAAAGGACUUCAUGCUAGGGUUGGUUAUUUCAAACUGGUGCAUCCAAGCGUCAGUUGUCGUGACUGUGUGGUGUACAUAUGAUACCGCAGGCAGGUCCUGGGUGAAAAUGAAGAAAUAUCAACGUAGUUUACGAGAAGCGGAAACCAGAGGUGACCGUAUUUACAAGCGGAGUGGUAGUAGGAACCGAAAUUGGCGACAGCGAAAAGUCAUUCGUGCCUAUCAAGACAGUUGGGACAAUAGAUGUAGAAUUCUUUUUUGUUGUAUGGGUAAUUCAGAUAGAAACCGAAAUUCCUUCGCGGAUAUAGCCAAACUACUGAGCGAUUUUUUCAGGGAUUUAGACGUAGUCCCAUCUGACGUUGUGGCGGGCUUAGUAUUAUUGCGAAAGUUUCAAAAGAUCGAACGAGAGUUGAUUUUGAAGCAGGGAAAAAAUGACAUUUACGAAUUUUUAUCGGGUGUGCCCAUAACACCCCGUACAAAGUUCCUAACCUUUACGGAAGAUGGCGAUUCUGAGCAGUUUCAGUCUGCCAUUCAUUACAUGUUUUUCGCUCUAGCAGCUUAUGGAUGGCCUCUUUUCCUUGUAAAUCACUCGACAGGACUUUGUCAACUAGGCACCAGACUAAGGUGCUGCUGCUUUCCAUGUAAAAGAGAAGAAGAUGAAGCAAUCGUGGUUGAAGACAACUGCUGCCAGUGCAAUUAUGCAGUACUUAGAAGAUUGGUGGAAAUCGGAGAAGUUGAGGUCAUAUAUGCCACGUUUCACGUCGACGUUGGCGAGACUCCAUUUUUUGUGGCCCUAGAUUACACGAGAAAAAAGGUGGUUGUCAGCAUCAGAGGAACUUUGAGUCUAAAAGAUGUAAUGACAGAUUUAAACGCCGAAGGUGAAGUUUUGCCAUUAACACCUCCUAGAGAAGAUUGGCUAGGUCACAAAGGAAUGGUUCAAGCUGCUGAGUAUAUUCGAAAGAAAAUACACGAGGAGGGAAUUAUUGCAAAAGCCUUUGCAAAAGAUCCCUCUCGAGGUACUCAUGACUUUGGACUGGUGUUAGUCGGCCAUUCGCUGGGGGCCGGAACAGCCGCGAUAUUAGCAAUUCUGUUGCGACAAACUUAUCCAGACUUGGUUUGUUUUUCUUUUGCACCACCGGGUGGGCUUCUGAGCAUGCCUGCACAGCAAUAUUCUCAAGAGUUCAUUACGUCCGUAGUUGUAGGAAAAGACGUGAUACCAAGGAUAGGACUUCGACAAAUGGAAAGCCUGAGAGCGGAUCUGAUCAACGCCAUCAAGAGAAGCGUAGACCCCAAGUGGAAAACAAUAACGUGUUCCGUCAUGUGUUGUGGAUGUGGUUCAAUUCCAACGUCAGCAGCCAAUUUAGAGGCGGGAGGUUGCAUCAGCGAAUAUCAGCGCGAUAAAGAUCUGGCGAGAUCCCAAACAGUGGUCUCCGGUGAUUCUAGUGUCGCAUUAACACUUCACCGACCUCUAUAUCCACCCGGCAGAAUCAUCCAUGUCGUAAGACGACAUCCAAACAAGCACGAGAAAAUAUAUCAAUCGCGUUGGAGAAAACUCUUGGGAAAACAUGAGCCCGUAUACCAGGCACUCUGGGCCGGACCUUGUGACUUCGAUGAGGUGCUUAUCAGUCCUGUGAUGAUUCAAGAUCAUAUGCCCGAUAACAUGCUUAAGGCUCUUAAAAAGGUUGUAACGAGACCAGCGAAGCCUCAACGUCAGUCCUCAGCGGUCGAUGUUUUGAAUUCCCGAGAAGCCCUAGAUAUCCAGGAAAUCGAGAUAGAACAAGAAAUGCGAGCUUUACUUUCAACAUCGAGCCCCAUCAAGUGCCAGGUCACUGCGGGAACUCCACCCCACAGACUCUUUCUCGAAACGAGUUUUACUUCUCUGCAGAGUCCAAGCGAAUUCCCUCAAGCCGGCCGGGAACUGAGCCUUGAUUCCACCGGAAUUCCGUGGGAAUUUAUUAGCUUGGCGAGUGAGCUUUUGCAAACCCCCAGGCCCCACGAAAGCAAAUUAUCCAACCGUCUAAGCGAUUGGGGCAGUGAGCUACAUUUAGCGCCCUUAGCAACACCUGAAACGCUAUCGGAAGCAUCGAGUAAUCCUCCAUCACCUGUUCCACCUCCAAGACCUAUGAGAAGAACACCAAAAAUUCCGGGGAACUUAUCAUCAGCAGCUGACGAUCUGAAGAACAAUCUUCAUUUUGCGAUGCUUUCAGCUAAAAAUUAUUUUCUUCGAGAAGAAACCAUGGGAAGCAAUAGCAAUAGCAAUAGCAGUGAAGCUAGCUACGAGAGUCCAAGAAAUCUCGGAGCUGGACUUCCGCCUCCUGUGCCAAGAAGAGAAGAUUCUGUUACAGCGAGAAGAGAACUUCGAGUGUGCACAGCUUCUUGUUGUGAUGUAACUUCAUCGAAACGUCGAGUGUGCACAGCUGCUUGUUGUGAUGAAAUUUCAUCAACGCAUACGUCUUCGAAUUGCUCAGGAUCUAUUUCGCACAGAGUGCAAAUUGAUUUUGCGGGAGAUGAAAAUGAAAUGAAUGGCUCUAAUGCGGACUUCUUCGAAACGAAGGAACCGAUAAGAAAACCAGAAUGUAGUAACGACGUCUUCCUUAGUGUUAGAAGUUCUCCAGGUUUAAUGGCACCAGCGACAGAUUUAGGAGCGGAAUGGAAAAGAAAACUUGAUUCCCCAACAGCUCAACAUAGUUCACCAUUUUUCAACGCCAAAAGAAAAAAAUAUGUUUACCCAAUUACUCUAGUCGGUCGAGGAGAGAGUAGCGUUUAAUUCGAAAAAUUAAAAAAUGGGACCAGAGCAUCAGCUGAAGAUGUAGCUUAAAAUUACAAUUUUCUCUUUUGGUCGAGAAUUAUUCCACUCCUAUAGUAUAAAAUUACAAGCUACGAAAAUAACUACAAAGACGUGUUUUUCGAAAUUUCGCGCAUCCAUGAGUGAGUUUAAAAGAAACAUAUUAAGCUAAUGUGUUUUGCUCGAUAAAAAGUUUAAUUUAAAUGUAAAAAUUAAAUACUAGAAAAUGCUAAAAUAAUUAGGUACUAUUCUAUC